AAAGUUUUCCGCGGAGCUGCAGAGCCAGCGAGGCGGAUCGCGGCUGGGCUCCAGCCCGGGCACCCGGAGCCGCUCCUGGAAGAUGCGCCCUGGAGCCGCGCCCCACGAGGGUUUCCUGUGAGCCGGGCCAGGAGCAGAGGGAGCAGCCGGGCCUAGGCCGUUCUGUAGGCAGCAGGUUGCUUCAGGCCAUUCCCGAUGCGGUUUUGCAGCCCUACAGAGGGAUGUCCCAGCCGCGCCUGCUCAGCCUGCUGUUGGCGCUGGUCUUCUACUGCCAGGGACAUUCAGCCCAGAUCAUGGAUUUCCUCUUUGAGAGCUGGAAGGCCUACAGUGAGGAGUGUCACCAGAACAUGAGCCUGCAGCCCCCACCCACAGAGCUGGUCUGUAACCGAACCUUCGACAAGUUCUCCUGCUGGCCUGACACGCUGCCCAACACCACAGUCAACGUCUCCUGCCCCUGGUUCCUGCCCUGGCACCGGAAAGUGAAGCACAGAUAUGUCUUCAAGAAGUGUGGGCCGGACGGGGAGUGGGUAAAGCGCCCCAGUGGGCAGCCCUGGCGGGACAGCACGGAGUGUGAGAUGGACGCCGAAGACCUCGAAGCCCAGGAUCAAUUUGCCAAAACCUACGGCAGCUUUAAGAUCAUGUACACGGUGGGCUACUCCGUGUCCCUGGGCACCCUGCUCCUCGCCCUGGCCAUCCUGCUGGGCUUCAGCAAACUGCACUGCAUGCGGAAUUACAUCCACAUGAACCUCUUCGCCUCCUUCGUCCUGAAGGGGGUCUCGGUGCUGGUGAUCGACGCCCUGCUCAAGACCCGCUACAAUGAGAAGAUUGACGACUACAACGUGGGCAUCUGGCUCAGCGAUGAGGCCGCUGCCGGCUGUCGAGCAGCCACCGUCUUUAUGCAGUAUGGCAUCGUGGCCAACUACUGCUGGCUGCUGGUGGAAGGAAUCUACCUCCACAACCUGCUGGUGCUCGCUGUCUUCUCCGAGCGGAGCUACUUCACCCUCUACCUGUGCAUCGGCUGGGGGGCCCCCAUCUUGUUCCUCAUCCCCUGGGUGGUUGUGAAAUUUUUAUAUGAAAACAUUCAGUGCUGGAGCACCAACAACAACAUGGGCUUCUGGUGGAUCCCCCGCUUCCCUGUGUUCCUGGCCAUCCUGAUCAACUUCUUCAUUUUCAUCCGCAUCAUCCAGAUCCUGGUCUCCAAGCUCCGUGCCCACCAGAUGCGCUACACAGAUUACAAAUUCCGGCUGGCGAAGUCCACGCUGACGCUGAUCCCACUGCUGGGCAUCCACGAGGUGGUGUUUGCCUUCGUCACAGACGAGCAUGCCCAGGGUACCCUGCGCUACGUCAAGCUCUUCUUCGACCUCUUCCUGAGCUCCUUCCAGGGGAUGCUGGUGGCCAUUCUCUACUGCUUUGUCAACAAGGAGGUGCAGUCGGAGCUGCUGAAGAAGUGGCAGCGCUGGAAGCUGGGCAAGGACCUGGAGGAGGAGUACAAGCACACGUACAGCCAGACCCCCAAUGCCCGCAACGGGGGCAGCAGUACUUGUGAGAAGCACAGGCUGGUGGGCAGCUGCAUGACUGGGCUGGGGCGGAGUCAGCCCACGGCGCACACCAGCACCCACUACCUCGAGAAGACGGGCUGCAGCACCAACGAGAGGCACCAGUGCUACGAGUUCCCCGAAACGGCCGCCAGCAACUUCUGAGCCCCCCGCACCCUCCGGAACGCAGCCAGGGCGCCGGGCCCACGCACGUCCGCGGGCAGGCUCUGCUGGGCGGGGAGAGGGAGCCAAGGGCUCAGGCAGCGGGCUUGCAGGGACAUAAAGCGAGAGCCUGUGUCUUUCAGCCCUUCCUGGGCUGUCCGGGGAUCGGGGUGUAUACCAGGCUGCCAGGGCCUGACGACAGGCAUGCUGAGAAUGGAGCAUGCCCUGCUGCCCCGUCCAUCCUUUGGAGGCACGUGCCAGGUGGGCACAUGAUGGUGUCUGUGCACAAGGCCUGCACCCCAGCACAAGUCCACAUGGAGGGCAGAGCACCCUGUGCCAGCCUGGCGGGGUGUAGGGAGCCUGGGGACAGUGCCCGCUGGAGCGUGGGGGCAGGGUGUCUGUCUGCUGGGCCAUGUGUAUAGCUGCUUCCGGCGCUUGCUCCUGCCGCCCGCCAGCUCCUGGGCCCGAGGUUAAUUUAUCUCUGCAGUUGCUAUGUAAAUAGGCAUGGGGUCCACGGGGCAGGCUCUGUCUGCGUCUGUCUGUGUGUGGCACGGCGCAUCACUCCGGAGGAUGUGGGCACCAAUAAACCCUGGGGUGUGUCUCAUA